GGGGGCGUGGCCUCUUUCUUAAGCCCCGCCCCUUCCUGCCUCAGCCCGGAAGCGGCGAUGUCGCGCGCCACUAAGCGGAAGCACGUGGUGCGGGAGCUGCUGGAGGAGCACGUGACCCCCGGGCCCGGGCAGAGCGUCGUCAGGGUGUUGGGGACACCGGGGAACAACCUCCACGCAGUGGAGACGGCGGAGGGGGGGCGCUUCCUGGCCAGCAUGCCCCCCCGCUUCCGGCGCCACGUCUGGAUCAAGAGAGGUGACUUCGUGUUGGUGGAUCCCAUCGCCGAAGGGGCCAAAGUCAAAGCCGAAAUCUCUCUCGUUCUCCUCCCCCGGCACAUCCGGGGCCUCCAACGCCGCGGCCUCUGGCCCGAAGCCUUCGCCCUUCCCGAGCGGCCAAAGACCCCCGAGAGCCGCAAUGGGGACGAAGAUCUCUUUGUCAACACCAAUCGAGGGGGGGACACGCGUGACAGCGAUGAGGACACGCGUGACGAAGAGGACACGUGUGACGAUGAGGACACGGGUGACGAAGAGGAUGACACGUGUGACGACGAGAGCGACGCGGAAGCCGAGAGAGACACACGUGACGAUGGCGACGCGGCUGUUCCCAAAUAAAAGGGGGUUCGGUGGCU